UUAUUCAUAGUCUCUCUGGUUACUUCGUGAAAGCAAAAGGAACAAUUUUGAAGCCAUGUCCGCUUUGUCUGUGAUCGAACAACGACUGUUAAAGUGGAACAAAGUCGCAUCUUUAUUACCCAAACCAAACAAACCUCUUAUCCCCAUUGAUCGUCUUAACGAGCUUUUGAAAGCCUGUGCUAAUUCAAGCUGUCUAAGAACCGGCGAAUCGAUCCACGCUCAUCUGAUUGUUACGAACCAAUUAUCUAGAGUUAAGGACGUGUUUCAGAUCAAUUCUCUGAUCAAUCUCUACGUGAAAUGCGGAGAAACUGUUCGUGCACGCAAGUUGUUCGAUAUAAUGCCUGAGAGGAAUGUUGUUUCUUGGUGUGCGAUGAUGAAAGGUUAUCAGAAUUCUGGGUCUGAUUUUGAAGUUUUGAAGCUGUUUAAAAGUAUGAAUUUUUCUGGUGAAUCGAGACCUAAUGAGUUUGUAGCCUCUGUGGUUUUUAAGUCUUGUUCAACCUCUGGGAGGGUUGAAGAAGGUAAGCAGUUUCAUGGAUGUUUUCUUAAAUGUGGUUUGAUGUCUCAUGAGUUUGUACGGAAUACUCUUGUCUACAUGUAUUCAUUGGGUUCGGAUUCACGAGAGGCUAUCCGAAUUUUGGAUGAUCUUCCUUAUUGUGAUCUCCCUGUGUUUAGUUCGGCUCUUAGUGGUUAUUUAGAGUGCCGUGCUUUUAAAAAAGGGGUUGAUGUUUUGAGAAGGAUGGCUUACGAAGAUUUGGUUUGGGACAACAUCACGUAUUUGUCUUCUUUACGGCUUUGCUCCAAUCUCAGAGAUUUGGAUUUGGGUCUGCAGAUUCAUAGCCGAAUGAUACGGUUUGGUUUCAACUGUGAAGUUGAGGCAACUGGUGCACUCAUUAAUAUGUAUGGAAAAUGUGGUAAAGUCAUCUAUGCUCAGAGAGUUUAUGAUGAUACACAUGCUCAAAACAUUGUCUUGAAUACGACGAUCAUGGAUGCUUACUUCCAGGAUAAGUCUUUCGAGGAGGCUCUGAAUCUGUUUGCAAAGAUGGGAACUAAAGAUGUUCCCCCUAAUGAGUUCACUUUUGCCAUUUUGUUGAAUUCAAUUGCCGAGCUAUCGCUUCUAAAACAAGGUGAUCUUAUUCAUGGGCUUGUUCUGAAAUCUGGUUAUAGGAACCAUGUAAUGGUUGGCAAUGCACUGGUUAACAUGUACGCCAAAAGUGGCAGCAUUGAGGAUGCAAGGAAAACAUUCUCAGGCAUGGCUUUUAGGGAUAUAAUUACUUGGAACACAUUGAUAUGUGGAUUCUCACAUCAUGGAUUGGGGAAGGAAGCACUUGAAGCCUUUGAUAGAAUGAUGUAUGCAGGAGAGAUUCCCAACCGCAUCACUUUUAUCGGCAUUUUGCAGGCUUGUUGCCAUAUUGGUUUUGUGGAGCGAGGGCUUUAUUACUUUGACCAGUUAAUGAAGCAAUUUGAUGUUCAGCCUGAUAUACAGCACUAUACAUGCAUUGUUGGACUUUUGAGCAAGGCUGGAUUGUUUGAGAAGGCUGAAAAUUUCAUGAGAACAGCUCCAAUUGAAUGGGACGUUGUUGCGUGGAGAACUUUGUUAAAUGCUUGUUAUGUUCGUCGGAAUUACACUUUAGGAAAGCAGGUAGCAGAAUAUGCCAUGGAGAAGUAUCCAAAAGAUUCAGGAAUUUACAUAUUGUUAUCCAAUAUCCAUGCCAGGUCAAGGGAGUGGGAAGGCGUGGCAGAAGUGCGUUCUUUGAUGAAUAAAAGGGGUGUUAAGAAGGAGCCUGGAGUAAGCUGGAUAGGGAUACGUAAUCAAACCCAUGUGUUUCUUGCAGAGGAAAGCCGACACCCGGAGAUUAUGCUGAUUUAUGCAAAGGUGAAGGAAGUUUUGUCAAAGAUUAGGCCAUUAGGGUAUUCGCCUGAUGUUGCUGGAGAUUUCCAUGAUGUGGAUGAAGAAGAGAGAGAAGAUAACCUCUCUUAUCAUAGUGAGAAGCUAGCUGUGGCAUAUGGUCUGAUGAAAACGCCAGAGAACUCGCCAUUGUACGUGACUAAAAACGUGAGGAUAUGUGAUGAUUGUCACUUUGCAAUUAAGCUUAUCUCGAAAGUCUCAAAACGAUACAUAGUUAUCAGAGAUUCCAAUCGGUUCCAUCAUUUCCGAGAUGGUAAGUGUUCUUGCUGUGAUUACUGGUGAAGGUAUCAAUCGAAAGCUGAUUAGUGUGAUGGAGACCUCUUGCGCCUCUAUUGCAACCUCGAUUAUCAUAAGUAGUAAUAAAAAAAGUUGCUAUUCAUUUUUUCAA